AUGAUUUUUUUUUUGACUCAAAUAUUUUUUUUAACAUUAUUUACGAAUAUUAUUUUAUAUUUUACUAUUCAAUGUACUUCAAGUUGUAAAAAACUUUUCAGUCAAACAAAUACUGUAUCAGUUCAAAAAACUGCAAAUCUUUUUGGUGCUCAUAAUAAAAAAGUUGCUAAUGAAAUUACAGCUGUUAGACUACCAACAUGUACAUCAAUGAAACCUGAAAUUAUCCAACCAGUUGAAAUUACAAGAACAAAAAAAGAAGAAGAAAUUGCUAAAGAUAUCAUUGAUGACUGGGAACCAUCAAUUGAAGAUAUAAAGACAGUUGGAGCUGGUGGUCAAAAAAGUUGUGGAAUAAAUCAGAAAUGGUUAUUCAAACCACCUAAACCUGAAAAUUCAUAUACAAAAAAAACUAUGCCAUUACAAUCUUUAAAAUCUGUCAAUAAAAAAGUUAGUAAUAAUAAUUCAUCUAAAAAAGUUGGAACAAAAAUUUCAGAAAAGGAGAUUAAUACUGAUUGUAAACGACCACAACCUUCUAAAUUUGCUAGAACAUUAAGAGAAGAAGAAAUUGCCAGAGGGGAACGUAAAACAGUUUCUGCAAAAGAUGAACUUACACUUGAAGAGAUAUUAGAUGAUUGGGGAUAA